GUGAAAUGCUUCUGUAAGUAAUUGCCAGUAAUUCAAUUGUUACUGAUUUACAAGCAUAAGAAGAGAAAAUUCAGGGCUUAAGAAAAGUUCAUUCGAAAGCUAUAAUUUGAAUAUUAAGCAGUCGACAAUUAAAAGAUAUAGUGAUGCCUUAGAUUUCAAAACUGUAUAUAAGCAGCAGUAGAAUCUUUAAAAUUUAUAAGUUUUAUCAAAAGCUUGUAAUUGAACAGUCGUAAGCAACAUGAAAGUUAUUAUCAUAAUUUCUUCAAUUAUUGCCAUUAGUUUGGCAACUGAUUAUUGUGAUCCAAAGAUUUGUACAAAUAAGCCAAAUCCAACAUUCCCACAUAUUGGAUGUGGUGCAAGUGGUAAACUAGCUUCAACUUGUCCAUCGGAUGGUGAAUAUAUUGAAUUGACUGAUGAGCAUAAGAAGAUUAUUUUGGAGGAACACAAUAAGCUCCGUAAUAAAAUCGCUAACGGAGAGGAAAGUGGAUUUGAACCAGCCAAGAAAAUGGUAACAAUGAAGUGGAAUGAUGAGCUUGCUUAUCUUGCAAAUUUGAAUGCUUUAGGAUGCGAUUUUGAACAUGACAAGUGCAGAAAUACUGAUGAUUUUGCAUAUGCUGGUCAAAAUUUGGCUGUUCGUUCAAGCACUGGGGAUUUUCCUGAAACAAAAAAAGCACUCCGUGAUGCUAUUCGUGAUUGGUACAGUGAAUAUGAAAUUUCCACUCAAAGUGACAUCGAUAAGUAUCCAUUAGACACAAAUGGUCGUAUGAUUGGGCAUUUCACUCAAGUCGUUAAUGGCUUAGCAGGUGAAGUUGGAUGUGGUGUCACACGAUACACUGAUUCAAGUAGUGGAACUGCUUUCAAAACUUUCCAACUUAGCUGUGAUUAUUCUCGUACAAAUUUGGUCAAUCAAGCUAUUUAUGCGGCUGGGAAAACAGCAUCUGAUUGCAAGACAGGAACCAACCCAAAUUAUCCAGCAUUGUGCAGUGAAAAUGAGAAGGUUGAUCCAAAUUAUCUUAAAUUUUAAAUUGUUCCUGUUUGAUCAUUGUUACCAAAGAAUCAGACCAAAGAUCUUUUUAUUCAAGGAUAGGUUUUUGUUUCGUUACUUUUUUCCUUUUCCUCUUUUAGACCUGAAAGUUCGCUA